UAUUUUAAUGGCUUCUUCUUUGUUACAAUCUUCUUCUUCAUCGUGUUCAUGGUUCUCUUCAUUGAGGAUGAAACCAAACGUAAACGUGGGAAUGGUGGUGAUGCCAUUUUCUCCAUCAACGUUGAAACCUGUGAAGCUGUGUUGUGUUAUGAGCUCAGAUAAAGAAGAGUUUUCUGAAGUUAAUUCGAAUGAAGGUGAAAAAACGAGUGGUGUUGAUCCUAUUAAGCUUGCAUUUAAUAAAGCUAAAGCUUAUAAAGAAUCGAUUAAAUCUAAGGACGGGUUUGGAAUUAAGCAAAAUGGUGCUGAUGGAGAUAGUUUAGUUAAAGAGAGUAAUGUUGUUGAUGGAGUGAAAAAGGAAGUGCCGGAUUCUUUAAAGAUUGCUAUGGAGAAGGCGAAAAAGUAUAAGCAAAAUAAAGGAGUAGUUGUUAGUGAAACUGAUCUAGGAGUUGAGAAAAGUGGUGUUGGGGAAGAAAAUUCGGUUAAAGAGAGUAAUGCUGUUGAUGGAGGGAAAAAGGAUAUGCCGGUUUCUCUAAAGAUUGCUAUGGAGAAGGCGAAAAAGUAUAAGCAGAAUAAAGGAGUUGAAAUUAGUGAAACAAAUCAAGCUGAAAAAACAAGUGACGUUGAUCCUAUAAAGCUCGCAUUUAAUAAGGCUAAAGCUUAUAAAGAAACGAUUAAAUCUAAUUCCGAUUUGGGAGUUGAGCAAAGUGUUGUUGGCGAAGAAAAUUCAGUUAAAGAGAGUAAUGCAGUUGAUGGAGGGAAAAAGGAUGUGCCGGUUGCUUUGAAGAUUGCUAUGGAGAAGGCGAAAAAGUAUAAGCAGAAUAAAGGAGUUGAAGUUAGUGAAACAAAUGAAGGAUUGCCAGGAGGGAGUGAGAGGACUUGGGAAGAAAACGUGAAUGACAAUAAUGUUGGCAAGAAGGGAGGACUGUCUGUUUCAAGGAUUGAUUUUGUGGGGCUUGACUUUGCGGAUAAUAAGAAGACAAGGGGAUUGCCACCUGGAUUGGUUCCUUUUACAGACUCCUUUUUAGAUAGUGAUUUGCCUGAGGUGGAGCUUAUUGUUGGAAAUGCAGACAACUUCAAUGCAAAAACAACAGCUCCACAACCUGAACAGACAAUGGAAGAUGAGUCAGAACUGUACAAGCCAAAAGUUUCUACAUGGGGUGUAUUCCCUAGACCUGCCAAUAUUUCAAAAACAUUUGGAGGUGGAAGAGUUAUACGUCCUGGAGAUAUUUUAGAGACUGAUGAAGAAAAAGCUGCUAAAGAAGAGCGCACAAAGACGCAGCUUGCUGCUUACAAGAAAAAAUAUGGAUUAUAUAUUGACCCAAAGCUAAAAUCCGAGUGUGAGGAGAUAUUGAAGGACGGUGACUUGUUAAUGGAUGCGGGAAAACUGAGGGAUGCAUUACCCUACUAUGAGAAGGUUAUCGACAAAUUACCUUUCCAGAGUGAGAUCCAUGGAUUAGCUGCUUUACAAUGGGCGAUUUGUCAAGACUCUCUUAGUAGGCCUAAAGAAGCUCAAAGUAUGUAUGAAAAGCUAAAAUCUCACCCAAGUGUUAAAGUAGGCAAGAAAGCAAGACACUUCGCGUACAGCUUUCAGGCUAUGGAAAUGAUGAAGGUGAAGGGAGGAUCUUCGCGUUAUACAAAGAACACAUUCUACCAGAGUUAUUUUGAUGCAUUUGUAGAAAAUAAAUCAUACUACCCCCUUAAAGUUAAAGAUGAAGUGGCUCAAGAAAGUGAUAUGAAUCAGGUUUUUCUGUAUAUUCUUUUUCUCAUUUCUCCUAUUUUUGUUGUACUACUUCUUGCAGUGCAGAAAAGAAUAUAAAUUUCUUUCUUUUGUUUGUAUACAAGUACAAUAUUUCUUUAUUUUAAUUGCUAAUGAUCAAGUCCUUGGAAUACAAGAUUAGUAAUAGAUAUAAUGUAUAGGUAUUUUUUUUUUCUUCUUUUUUUUUUUAUAGAAAAUAUGUAUAUGGUAGGAUAUGACAUAAGAUUGGAUGGAAGAUGUAAGAAUCAUGCAGGUACCAUUUCAACCUCUCACCUGGAAACAAAAAAUGUUGAGAUCCUUUUAGUUUUUAUUCA